AUGGAUCCAACAUCUUCCUGUUAUUAUUGUAGUCGAAAGGUGGUCAGUUAUCCCAAAAAUUUAUCCAAAAAAUUAUGUAGAUCUAAUACACUCUCUAAUAAACCUCCUUCAUCAUGUGGAAACAAAGAUAUUGACACAUUUAUUCAAGACACAAAGUCUAGAAAACAACAUUGCGAUGAUUUCGUUGAGUGGAUACCUUAUUCGGAUAUCAAUAUAGAUAAGGCAAUUGCAAAAGGAUCUUAUUCAGAAAUAUUUGUUGGUAAAUGGGAACCAUUAAAACAAAUUGAAGUUGUCAAUCAUAAGGAAUCAACAAAUCUUGAUAUUGUUCUUAAAGUUUUGGCGGAAUCUAAAAAUUCUAAACCAGAAUUUCUUAAAGAAAUCAAAAUACACUAUCAAUGUCUGGGAAAAUGUGCUAUACCUUUCUAUGGUUUAACCGAACAUGCGCAAGGGUAUGCGAUGGUAUUAAAACGCGCGAUUUGCGGUGAUCUUAGGGAAUUUAUUGACCAUAAUGAACUCACAUGGAUAAAUAAAAUAGAGGUUCUUUCUAGUAUUGCAAAAUCUUUAAAUGCACUUCACGAAUUAAAUAUAGUUCAUCGUGAUUUUCAUUGCAAAAAUAUCCUCAUUGACGAUGAUACAAAAGUAUUUAUUAGCGAUUUUGGAAUUUCAAGUUCCGAAGAUUCUCCAACGUCUAAUGAGAUUAUUGGUGUUUUGCCUUAUAUUGCGCCAGAAGUUUUAAGUGGCGGACCGUAUACAAAACAAUCGGACAUCUAUAGUUUUGGCAUAAUUAUGUGGGAUUUAACAUCUCGUAGUCAACCAUUUUCGAACCAAUCUCAUGAUUUAGAUUUGGCUAAGAAUAUUGUUCUUGGUGGACUUCGUCCAGAUGUUGUGGAUGGGACUCCAGAGGCUUAUAAAAUGAUAAUGGAAAAAUGUUGGGACUCAGAUCCAUCAAAAAGGCCAAAUUCGUCGCAAUUGAUAGAAUUAAUAGAAAAUAUAAUUAAGAAUGUAAAACAUUUAAAUCAGCUUCCUUGCAUUAUUACUUCUAGAUGUAUACCACGAAUAGUGGAGACACCUGUUACUGUUGAAGAAACAACCUCUCCUGAAAUCGUCACGGAUCAAAAAGACGAUUCUAUUACCAAUCAAAAUAUUGGCGCGAUUGACAAUUACGAUGAGCAGCAAGGUUUCAUAGUCCCUAAUGAUGAAGUUGUUGGGAUAAUUAGGAUCUGUAUUAAAAGUGCUAAAGGCCUCAAAAAAUCAGAUUUUUGGUUUGCCUGUUCUAAUCCGGAUCCGUAUGUCCGCAUUAUGAAUGCUGCCGGAACUGAAAUAGUUCGUACUCGUGUUUGUCAUGGAACUGUUACCCCCAAAUGGGAUGAAGUUCAUUUUGUUUCUGUUUAUCGUUCGUGCGAAAAAAUUUCUUUUGAAAUCUUUGACGAAAAUCUUUUUGUAUCGGACAAACCUCUUGGUACCUUUGUCUUGGAUACUAAUACUUUAAUGAGAAGUGAAGACUAUUCUAAACCUGUUAGUGAUUGGUUCCCGCUUGAAAUUGGCAACAAGUCAACUAAAGGACAUUUAAAUUUGGAAGUUCAAUUUAUCCACACCGCCUUUACUGAUGAUCAAGAAUUUGUAUUUAAUCGAGAAACCAUUAAACUCCAUCACGUAUAUAUGCUUAUCAGCUGGCGCAAAGCAAAUGGAUCCUUUGAAUUUACUGAUAAAUUAGCGCAUUUCUUUAAUUAUAAAUCAGUUGAUGAAUUGAAGGAAGGUUUCCUCAAGCACAUAUUUUCUGACAAGGAACUUUCAAAAUGUGACUUGUCUAUAUUAUCUACAGCUCUUACGAUUAUGUACCUCAAAAUUUUGUGUUGGAAACAUUAUAAUGAAUGGAAACAAAUUAUCUCGAACAGUGAGGUGUGGGUCAGCAAAGAAAUUAACGGCAUUAAUACCGAGGAUAGAUUGUAUGAUUUAUGCAGAAAAUUCAUGAUUGAACGCUUUAAAGUAACCAAUCUUGAAAAAGAACAAUUGGAAAUUAUACAACCUGUCAAACCAACCAUCAUUACACGAAAGCAUAUCAUUAUCCGUUAUAUUCGUAAACUUAUUGGUCAUCAGAAUGAUAAUGGUUGUGUUGUUCUAAAUAAAAAGGUUGCUGAUUAUUAUGGCUUCAAAAGUGUUGAGGAAUUUUUACAACACUUGAGAAAAUACUUUAAAACAGAGCGUGUCACUAAACUUCAUCAUAAUGUCUGGGUAACUGCGUGCACAAUUUGGUACCUACGUUUAAUUGCUGUUGAUCAUCGACAUGAAUGGAUCGCUAAUUACGAGAAAUCAUCCAAAUGGCUAACAAGACAAUGCAAUGGAGAUACUAAUCUUGAGAAUGAAAUAAUGGAAUGUGGCAAGAAAUUCAUUGUAGAAAGGUAUGAAGUUGAUAAAGAAGCUAUUGAAGCUGAUUAUAGCUUCAUUGCAGCU